AUGCAUGCUGCUGCAGCGACUCGUGGAGGAAACCACUCUACUAAUAGAAUUGAGGACACAGGCGGAGCACAAGAGACAGAGAGAUCCUCAAAACCCAAUGAGGGGCCCUCCCCAAAUCUCACGAUCUUUCCGGCCCGAAGGAUUCGCGUCCUAGUCCGUCCUCUGUAUAUUCUCGUCUUGUCAAUAAACAUGUUCCUCUUGUACAUCAUGCCUGAGCUUGCAGGGGCACAUCCCCACUCCGUGACUAGCAAACUAAACGCGACGUCUGGGGAAGCACAGAUGUGGAGGUCACUCGCGGUGAUCCAUCCCAGCGCCGUUGUGCACUUCUCCCUCUCCGGUCGCGGAUCCGAGAACGUCAAAAUCCCGACUAGCAAAUGGGUGGGUUUCUCAAAUCCCGCGUCUCCCUCCCAUUCGUACGAUACUGUGCACCCGGAUCCCGACAAUUGUACUGCCUCAUCAACCCCCCAGCUCGCCUCCCACCCACAAUCGCAAAUUGCAACCCGGUCAUCCUUCACCUACAAAUCCGCCCCUAACCCAAAACGACCUCUCCAUUGCUUCUCGUUCUCUUCGUUUCUGCCCCUCCUCUUCCAAAUCACAUUUGCAUUAGCCGAUUUAUCAGACGACCAUGGGCCGGAUAGACCCACAACAGGCGCUCGAACGUCCCACAACGCGUUCGCCUCCAUGCGACAAGUACGUGCUUCUCCGUUACUGACUUGGAUAUACCUCGGAACAGCAAUUGGCACCUCUCAGUGGAGGACUGAUCUGAAGAUCGACGCCGUCACACACUUGGAAUUCAAAUGGACGUCCACGUACGCUGGAGUCAUGAGCUUGCACACCCAAUCCAUGCUAGCAGCUAUCGAGCGACACUGGGACUGA